CAAGUUUUACGAGGUGUGUCACAGCGCGAGUACCAACCUCUCCUGGUUUCUUUUUACAACAGGCUAGUGCGUCUGCGUAUACAGGUGCGUGCUGGCUGGCAUUGACUUUUUCAGAAAUGCGAAAAAAAAUCCACCACAGUCUUGAGAGAGGAAGAGAAACUCCAGCGCUUCUGUGACGGGACGUCUGGAUUUCUCACAGAUUGAAGCCGGGAAAGGAACACAGAAAAACAUAUAUACGGAGAACAGUGGAAGAGGACACCCGUGGGGACGUGUAAAAGGCUGUUUUGAAAGGUCAAAGAGAGAACGCCAAGCAUUUGAGAAUGUGAAAUACCCCGGAGGACAUUCUUCUGCAGUUCGAUCAAUGGGUCUUCGAUUCCAAUGUGGAAUUUCAGGUUCUGGGAUGUACAAGAUGUUGCUGUGCUUGUCAGCAUUACAUUAUAUAUGUGUUACCUAGCUGGUGCCAUCUCCAUCCACUCUCCACAGAGGAGCCUGACCAAGUCGGUGCAGGACGAUGUGUUUUUUUCAGUUGACGUUACUUCCAGUGGAGUACACACCAUACAAUGGACCUUUAUGUCAGGAGCGGUGAGCCGCACCAUCGGGACUUGGCAGCCGGGGGUGUACACCAACAUAACAGUGGAUUACUUGAGCAGAGUUCAGGCCUUUGACAAUGGCUCGAUGGGCCUGUCGGACUUGCGGCUGCAGGAUGCCGGAUUCUACGUGGUCACUGUCACAGAAAGCGCAGGAAGCAGCAAGGACGCUGGCUUUGUGCUCAAAGUGAACGAGGUGCUGUAUGAGGAUCUCCAGUACCUGGCAGUAUCUGCCUUAGUACUGGCCUGUUUGGCUGGCCUUCUCAUGCUGGCCAUGUGGCUACUGGACAAGGCCUACAGGAAGAUAGUCGCAUGGAGACGCAGAAAACAGAUGCCAGAGGCCGAUGCAACAGAGCUACAGCGUCUCUGAUGGACGUCUCUGACAGGAAGACACGUCAGACACUGUGCAUCCAAACUCAUUACCACUAGUUCGGAGUGUGCGGCUACAUACAUUUCUUCCUUUUUUAGCUUACUAAAAUACAGGAAGAUGGAUUGCUAUUUAUUAAACUGUGUACCCAAGAGGUUUACAUUUGUAUUGAAAACUUUUACAGCAAACUGCUGGUGACACUGGAUAGAGUAUAAAUAUAGCACUCAUGACGCUGGGAAAAAAAUUAAUAAUGUAUUUACUGAAAGUUGUAUGUAUUACUUUGUAAAAUGAAUUCAGAGAUUUCUUGGCCUAUGGAUUCUUUACAACAGAGUGUAAAUAAUUCUAAGAAAGUUGAGCUUCAGCCUCCAAUGGUGCUUUCUUUACACUAUAAGGAAAGCCAGUUUAUCCAAAAUGCUGUUCUUCGAAUCAGACUAGAAAUAAAAAAAAUAUUUCAAGACUACAGAAACAUAUCCCUCAAAAUAAAAUACCAGCCAACCUGAAAGUCCUUAGAAAUUAAAAUCCUUUUUGUAAUGACGAUAUGACAAAUCAGCAUGAAUACAUACAGACGUAAUGUUUUAUUUUGUAUGAAAUUGCAUUUCAUUGUCACAGCAUGCAAUAGACACACUAAUGGAAGUGGAAAAGG